AUGUGGGUGAAUAAUUUUUGUAAUUUUGAUAGUCCCGUAAAUGGUAGUUUGAAUGUUGCAUCUUUUCUUGGAGAUAAGUCAAAACCUUGCACUUUAAAACCGAUUCCAAAUGAUACUUCUAUCUUAUUGGUUCCUUUCAAUGAUGGAUUGAAUAAUUCUGAUUGUACUUCUUAUGCAGAUGUUGUUAGCAGUAAUUCAUGGCUUCAAAUACCAUCUACAAAUCAGGCUAAUUCAAAUAAUUCUAACACAAUAAUAAAUCGAGAGGACCACGUGAAUGAAUUUACCUCACAUGACAUUUCAAAUAAGUGUAGUUUGCGAAUAGUAAUCUUCGCUUCCGCAAAUAAAGGUGAUCCUGGAGUAAGAGAACCAUAUAAUGGAAACCUUGGAAUCCUUUCUAAAGCUGCACCUACAUUAAUUUUAAUUAAAGCGAUAGAUGUCAAUAAAGUAAAUGAUCUUUUAAAUAAAACAUCUUACGUGAUAGCUACUCCAGAUUCUGGACCAUGGAUUCAAUUAAUCGAUAGUAAAGGUUUAUUGAUAUGGACAAUAAUCUUUGGAAUUCUAUACGGAUGUAUAAUAAUAAUAUCAUUAUAUAUUUUGUUGAUGAGUAUAUACAGAUAUGGAUUUGCAUUGGCAAAUCCGAGACCAUGGUUAUUGGUGGGAGUUAUUUCAAGUUCUGCACAAUAUGAUCCGGGGUUAAUACGUUUCGAUCGUUUAUCUGAACUUGAAUAUGCGACCAUCCAAAUGUCAGGAUAUUUCAUUUUGUGCCUUUGUUACGCGAUUUUCUUAUUUCCUUGGAUAAAAGCUACACGAAAUAUAUCAGAAGAAUUAAGUUACCGAGCACCUCGAGUUCGGAAACUUAGUCGGAAAAAUGUAUCUAAAUUUGUAUUUAUUGUGAUGGAAUCAGUCUUUACAUUUAUCGUGGUGUUGUCAUACACGGUAUUUGGAAUUAUUAUGUUAUUGGCAAGAAAAUAUGAACAUUUACCAUUUCAUACUAUUGUAAUACCACGAGUUAAUGUUCGAAUACGAAAAGCAAAAACGAAACAAGAAAUUUUCAAGUCAGCUAUUAUUACAAUAUUAUUGAUCUUAUCGUUGCUCUUAAUCACCAUUCAUACAAUAUUCACGAUAUUCCUACCACCGACUAUUGACAAUUUCUGGAUAACACGCAUUCUUGAUGAUAUAUCAUUUGCCUUUGGAUGUUUGACCCUAAUAAUUGCAUUACAAUAUGAUUCAGUAGUAAAAUAUUCUCAUAUGAUAUAUGCCGGAAGUAGCGAUGAUAAUGCUACCACAACUUGUAAUAAUAUGUCUGGAAAUAUUAAAGUCGUAGUCAGAUGUCGUCCUCUAAAUUCUCGAGAAAAAGCCCGAGGGGCAAAAUGUCUCAUCCGAAUGGAAGGCAAUCAAACUAUAAUCACAAGACCAGAAAUAAAUGACGGAAAUAAAAACGCAAAGAAAGAUGGUGAAGACGUCAAAGCAUUUACCUUUGAUAAGUCUUAUUGGUCUUUUGAUAAAAAUGACUCCAAUUAUGCUACUCAAGCACAUUUAUAUAACGACCUUGGAGAAGAACUAUUAAAUCAUGCUUUUGAAGGAUAUAAUACUUGUAUAUUUGCGUAUGGUCAGACUGGAGCAGGAAAAUCUUAUUCAAUGAUGGGUUAUGGCGAGGAAAAAGGCAUUAUUCCGCUUACAUGUUGCGAAUUAUUUAACCGCGUUAAUAGGAAUACUGAUGAAAAUGUUACGCACCAAGUCCAAGUCUCUUAUAUCGAGAUUUACAAUGAACGUGUCAGGGAUUUGUUAAAUCCUAAAAACAAAGGAAAUCUUAAAGUAAGAGAACAUCCUGCUCUCGGGCCAUAUGUAGAAGAUUUGUCAAAAUUGAUUGUGACUUCAUUCCAAGAUGUCGAGAAUUUGAUGGACGAGGGUAACAAGGCAAGAACUGUGGCUGCAACUAAUAUGAACGAAACUUCAAGUCGAUCUCAUGCUGUAUUUACUUUAUUGGUUACGCAAAAACGUCAUGAUAUCGAAACUGGUAUGGAUACAGAAAAGGUUGCUCGCAUAAGUCUUGUAGAUUUGGCUGGUUCAGAACGUGCAAAUUCUACGGGUGCCACGGGACAACGUUUAAAGGAAGGUGCUAAUAUUAACAAAUCCUUGACUACAUUGGGAAAAGUUAUCGCUGCUCUUGCUGAGCAAUCUUCUGGUAAAAAAGGCAAAAAAGGAGAUGCAUUUGUACCAUACAGAGAUUCUAUUUUAACCUGGUUAUUAAAAGAUAGUUUAGGUGGUAACUCUAAAACUGCUAUGAUAGCGGCUAUAUCUCCGGCUGAUUAUGAUGAAACACUUAGUACUCUACGUUAUGCUGAUGCUGCUAAGAAAAUCAAAAAUAAAGCAGUUGUCAAUGAAGACCCCAAUGCGAAACUUAUUCGUGAGCUUAAAGAUGAAUUGUCAUUGUUACGAAGCAAACUUGGAAUUAAAGACGGUGAACAUAUCGAACGUGAUCAUAGUAUGAGCGCUGAUGAUUCAAGCGAAAUGGUAACAUUAAAAGAUGCAAAUGGAAAUACUAUAAAAAAGACAAAAAAUGAAUUGAUUGACCAAAUUCAAGCAUCAGAAAAACUUAUGGAAGAAGUGAAUGAAACAUGGCAAGAGAAGAUAAGGAAGACCGAGGAAAUUCAACGCGAACGAGAAAAGACAUUGGAAGAACUUGGUAUUAUGGUAGAAAAAAAUUCUAUAGGAGUACAUCCUCCCAAAAAAGUUCCACAUCUUGUCAAUCUUAAUGAAGACCCACUUAUGUCAGAAUGUUUAGUCUAUCAAAUUAAACCCGGUAAAACUCGUGUUGGUCAUUUAGAUUCUGAAAAACAACCCGAAAUACGUUUAAGUGGGGAAAACAUUUUGAAGGAACAUUGCUUUUUUGAAAAUAUUGAUGGUGUCGUAACAUUACAUCCUGAAUUAAAUAGUACAACGAUGGUGAACGGGAUGCGUAUAAACAAAUUAAAAAGAUUAAAAUCUGGAUAUCGCAUAAUUCUCGGAGAUUUUCAUGUAUUUCGAUUUAAUAACCCUGAGGAAGUUAGGCGAGAACGAGCUAAAUCGAGACAAUUUAGUGAACUUAGGAUAAAUACUAAUAGUCCGACACCUACUGGGGAUGACAAAGCCCCUGAUUCCCCAACAUCAACUGCAUCACUUAUGUCAGAAGCAGUGAUAGAUUGGAACUUUGCAAGAAGAGAAGUUGCUCUUCAUUAUAUAAAUACCGGAGGGGCUGAUCCAACAUUUGGUACUUUACCAGAUGAAGAUCUGCAAAGACUUAUGGACGAUAUUAAAAAGAUUCAAACCGCUCGAAAAUGUCGUCCUGAAAGUCGAAAUAGUAUUAACUGUGAGUUUAAUGAUGAAGGUGAAUCUUCGGGUAAAGCCAGUCCUGAUGGUACUUCUUCCCAAGAAGAAUCGGAUACAAGUAAAAAUGUCAAAGAAUCCGAAACAAUUAAACAUAUCAAAGAACAAAUGCAACAAAAACUCGAUGAACAAAGACAAGCAUAUGAAGAGAAAAUGAGUUUCCUUGAACAAUCAAAUCUUGAAACGGAUGAAUUGAAAGCUGAAAAAAGACAGAUGGAAGAAAAAUUAAAAAUGGUUCAGGAAGAAAUGCAAAGGUUAAGAGAAGAUGAAUUUCAAAGGAAAAUGAAAAGACAAUCUCUAAUGUCUCAUGAAGAUUAUAAAUUACCAUCAGAUGAUCCAUCUUAUACUGAAGAAGAAUUACGCCUUAUUCAUAUGGCAAUUACAAGGUGGAAACGCCAAAGGUUCGUUCAGAUGGCUGAAACGAUACUGAGUAACGCUGUAAUAUUAAAAGAAGCCAAUGUUAUAAGUAAGGAACUUGGAAAAAAAAUUCUUUAUCAAUUCACAGUCAUUGAAGAUGAACCUUAUACCAAUCCUGUUUCAUUUUGGGAAAGUACUUCCGCACUUAACCAAUAUAAUAAUAAUGAGGACACUUCAUUAUUCAUUUGUAAAAAACCUUCUAUCGGUGUUAAAGUAAUCGACACUAAAAAUAAUGUAGUAUAUGUGUGGUCACUUGAUAAACUUAAGGCCCGUUUACAAAAGAUGCGUAAUUUAUACAACUAUGUUGAUCGUCCACAGUAUAGUAAACAUUUUAAUUGGGAAGAUCCAUUUUAUGAAAACCCUUGCCCAUAUUUCACUUUUAUUGGUAAUGCCUCAGUAGGGUUAUCAUGCUUGCAUUGGAAAACAGAACAUGAGACUGAUGCUCCUAUUAUUCGUAGAUAUUCUGGUGAUAUAAUGGGACAUUGCCGCGUUCGAAUUAAGUUCCUUGUAGAAGAAAUACCAAACGAUUCAAACAUGCCAAAAGAAUCAAACGAAUUUGCAAUAGAUAGACCUAAUGAAUUAUCUAAAACUUUGUCUAUUAAUAGUCAUGUUAUUUUUGAGAUUAAAAUAAUAGAGAUUUCUGGAAUUAAAGAAUCUAUGUUUACUCAAGUUCAUGUACAAUUUAAGUUAUCGUCCUUUGGAAAUGUUCUACCUAUGUCACAAGAUGAACGUAUAUAUUCCACUGAGCUUAUGAGUGAUUUUGGAAAUGACCCAAUUGCAUUUAAAUUUGAACAACCUCUAAAAAUGGUCGUUUCACCUAAUAUGUUAGAAGUGCUUACUAAUGGUACUCUUGCAUUUGAGGUAUUCGGUCGUACGAAACCCGCCGUCUUAAAUGAUAUGGAACAAUGGGAUAAUCAACUAUCGAUUUGUAGAGGAAUUAAUGGUAAUGACACAUAUGAACCUUCGGUUCCCAGAGAGAGACGUUCGGAAGAUGAAUUAGUCGCUGAAGAAAAACAUGAUGUCGUAGCAUGGGUUCAAGUUUGUGAACUUGCCCCCAGUGGAGAAUACGUACCAGUUCAAGUUCUUUCCCAGAAUUCACUUGAUCCAGGUGCAUUUUUCUUAAGGCAAGGACUUCAACGUCGUAUUGUACUCACAUUAACUCAUAAUUCUGGUCGACAAUUUCAAUGGAGCCGAGUAACAAAGAUGGAAAUUGGUCAAGUGCGAUUACUUGAUGGAAAAGGUCGAUUAUCAGAAUCUCCAGUUCAAAAUGAUGUACAAAUGAACUUAUUACCAGCUCAAAAUGUUCAAUUUAAUAGAGAUGGUACUAGCGUCAUAAUUGCUCAAGCUUCAUGGGAUAGUACUUUACAUGAUUCUAUCUUUCUUAAUAGAACGACACAUUCCAAUAGUCGCGUACUGUUAGGACUUAAAUGGUGUGUCGAAGCAGAUAAAUGUAUAGAACCAGUUUCAUUUAAUAUGGAUAUUGCCGUGCAAAUCCAAGGUCGUGAAGCAAGACCACCUUCAAAAUUGAUUCAAUUAUUAAAUCAAUCAAAAGUUUUAACAAAAUCUAGUGGACUAUUUUCAAUUAUACUCAAACCUCCAAUGACACGCAAAGUUUCCGAACUUUGGCGAUUAAAUACUGAACAUAAAUAUGUACGAGGGCAAGAAAUAUUGGAUGAUUGGAAACCUCGAGGGGUUUCGUUAGUUAAGGACUAUAAAAAAACAAGUGAACUUAUUCGUAGAAAAGAAGCCGUUGAAUGUACAAAGCAAAUUCUUGAAUUACAUGAGGCUCGUUAUAGUUCUUCGGCUGAAGUUAAAUCUGAAUGUAGUUCUAACGAAGAUGAUUUAGCUAAAAAGGAUGAUUUAGCUAAAAAGGAUGAUUUAGCUAAAAAGGAUGACUUAGCUAAAAAAGUCAUAACACUUUGGAGAAAGAAAUGGGGAACAUCAAAAGAGAUUGUAAUAAAUCAAGAACCGCCACUUUCAGGACCACAUCAAGACGAUACAUGCAAAAAAAUACAACCAACUAAAUUAGUUGCGCAAGUUAGAAUGGCCGCAAAGACUGAUACAAUAACUAAAAAGGGGUAUCUAUCUACUCCGGAGAAUGCCGGUGAUUAUUGGAUUAAGCGUUGGUACGUCUUGAGAAGACCAUACUUGUUUAUUUAUGAAUCUCAAAAAGAAACAGAAGAGCAAGGAGUAAUAAAUCUUGCAUCUGUUCGAGUUGAUUAUAAUAAUAAUUCUUUAGAGAACAUGUUACAACGACAAAACGUUUUUUCUAUUUAUACCAACAACAAUGCAUAUAUGUUGCAAGCUUUUUCGAAACAGGAUAUGAUGGACUGGAUUUCAAAGAUUGAUCAAUUUCAUCAUGUCUCAUAG